CGUUCCUUCUUCGUUAAACCUCUUCUUCAAUAGAACAGAAACCCCAGACUACCCAUUUGCUCAAAGGUGCUGCAGUUUUGUUCACCUAAUCUCAGCUCUCCAUCGACGAAGAAUAUGGAGUACCAUAACAAGCUGGUCCUCGCUCCCAUGGUUCGAGUCGGGACGUUGCCGUUUAGGUUACUAGCUGCUGAAUACGGCGCUGAUAUUACAUACGGGGAAGAGAUUAUUGAUCAUAAAAUGGUCAAAUGUGAACGCAAAGUAAACGAAUACGUUGGGUGUACUGAUUUUGUGGAGAAAGGAACAGAAAAUAUUGUCUUCAGAACCUGCAAUGAAGAAAGAAACCGGGUUGCAUUCCAAAUUGGCACUUCUGAUGCUGUGAGGGCUCUAACUGCUGCUCAAAUAGUGUGUAAUGAUGUUGCUGCAAUAGAUGUCAAUAUGGGUUGCCCUAAAUCAUUUUCCAUAAGUGGGGGCAUGGGUGCUGCACUGUUGAAUAAACCAGAGCUCAUUCACGAUAUUUUGACAACAUUGAAGAGGAACUUGAGCUGUCCAGUGACAUGUAAGAUUCGACUUCUAAAGUCUUCCCAGGAUACAGUGGAACUGGCGAGGCGAAUUGAAAAAACUGGUGUUUCUGCUCUUGCUGUUCAUGGAAGACGAGUUGCAGAUAGACCAAAGGAUCCAGCCAAGUGGAGUGAGAUUGCUGAUGUUGUAUCAGCAUUAUCUAUUCCAGUCAUUGCAAAUGGAGAUGUCUUUGAUUAUGGUGAUUUCAAACGAAUUAGAGCUGCAACAGGUGCCUCUUCUGUGAUGGUUGCAAGAGGAGCUCUUUGGAAUGCUUCAGUUUUCUCUCCUGAAGACAAAGUGCACUGGGAAAAGGUCAAAAGAGAAUAUGUCAGAAAGAGUAUCUUAUGGGAGAAUGAUGUUAAAAGCACAAAGCACACGUUGAAGGAAAUGAUUAUGCAUUAUUCUUGCCUUGAACUCCCAGAGGGGAAGAGUGUGAUCAAGUCAGAAAAUUUGGCAGAUAUAGCGCAACUUUAUGGGGAGGAAAGGUACUAUCAGUUUGUUAAUGAAAAUCGGUUCUCCGCCUAUGGAAGCAGGGAUGAACUUUUGUAGUACCAAAAAUGAGUUUUACAUGAAAAGAAGACUGCCUAUUAGCUGUUCAUACUCGUACACCUAAUUGUAGCCACUGAAAUUUUGCGGGUGUAUACUAGCUCAGUCUGUCUGGAAUUGUGAAAUAUGAUAGCUGUUGAACAUCAACUCGAAAUGAGCAAUGACUGCAUAGAGUAGCUAUUUUUCUACUAUAUUUGUAGGAAUUCAGGUGUUAUACCUUACUCAAAUUAUUCAAGAUACUUU